UCCUGGGGGAACGCUACAAAGGCCAAGAGGUUAUGAAACCGCACCCACACGACAGCCCAUCUUCCUCGCAAGAAAAGUUGAUCCACCCGUCGCCGUCUACUCCCCUCCUCGAAGAGACGAUCCUCCUCCCCGACAAGCGCCAGCAUUUGCCAGGAAGGACGACUACUACCCCAGACUCCCACCUCCACUUCCCGAACGACGAGACUCCUACUCUAGACCACGAGCAGCGCCUGUUCGACGAGAUGUCUACUCUCAGCCUCCACCUGCUCCAGCCAGAAGAGAUGAUUAUCCAAGAGCCCCUCCAGCUCCCGCUCGAAGAGAUUUCUACCCGCAACCCCCUCCAGUCCCAGCUCGACAUGAUGGCUACCAACCCCGUCCUACAGCCCCCGCUGGACGAGACAACUAUUCCAGACCUCCAGCAGCCUGGUAUGAGCCCUCUCCAGCUCACAGGCAGCCUCGUCCCCUGCAGCAUUACCCCCCUCGCAACGAAGUUAGUGCGCGACCCCUUCGUAGCCAAGCGCCGGAACCCGUUCGCUAUCAACCUCAAGCGCAACAAAACCUUCGUAACCAAGAGAAGGCCUUUUCUAAGCAUGAAGCGCCUGCACCUGUUCGUCGGGCGCCGACUGACAAACAACCCACUCGCGCGCCGGCAGUUUCGCAAGCGACAGCUAAGUCAGGACCUGUCCGCCGCGACCCCCAAGACGGCUCGCAAAGGGACGACCCGCCGCAACGUGGUCGCACAAGGAGCAGAACUUCAAGGAUGUGGGAUCAGGAAGUUCCUUCAACGCAAAGGGCGCAAAGAAAAGGUGCAGAAGAGCGACGUAGGAGCUCAGCCGAGCGGGGUACUCAAGCGCCGCAAGCAGAAGAGAGCUCGCAAGAAGAUUUUGGAUCUGCCGCCUCCGAGUUUGGUGCCAGAAAUGACGACGGUGAUCUUGGACGCAACCACAUCACAGACGGGACCAGUGAAGAGAGUAGUAGACCCUCCUUCGAUAGAGCUCAUACAGAGCGAGCUGUCCGCGUCAGAACCGCUAUCCCCCGCGCGAGCACCUUCUCAGCCCUCGAUGCAGCAAGAAGAAUAUCUGCAGCAGGUCUUGCCUUCAGGCCCAACCCCGAUAGCACGUUCCUCAAGCCGCUCUCCCCAAUUGAGGCAGCAAGAACAAUCUCAGCGGCGGGACACCGCAUCAAACGACACCAAAGUCCAAAUGCAGAGGACUCGCGAUCGCGCUCCGCAACGCCGCGAGCGGGAACCUCUCGGUUGGGCACAUUACGGCCGGAGUCAGAAAGGGGCUCAGUCACGCCUACAGCGGGGAAGCUCCCUCGAGAGGCAAGUGAUGGAAAUUCGUCUCGAGAAACAUCCACGCUCGGAGAGGAGGAGGGCAGAGCGCAGAGAAAUUCCGGUAGACGUCCAUCAACAGCGCACGGCAUACGAUCUCCAGGAGCUACAUGGGAUCCGCAAAACGGGGGUUCAAGAAGGGCAAGCGGUGCAACUCGACCUGAUGACUUCCCAAGAUUCCUCGGUGGUACAACCUUCGUUGCGUCAGGACCGGGCAGCUCACUCAGUGAGGCUUCGUCGGCGACGAUCACCCCCGAAUUACUCUCGCGGAACCGAGGUCUCGAGCAGGCCCUUCAGAGAAUCCGAACAAUACCAGAGGCAGCAACGGAAGCCUCACGAUCGUUUGACUCGCGUGAGGGGUCGGGAGACGCUGGGUCGAGAUUGGGACGUGAACAAUUCCAAUUACCAGUCUCAGCGCCAGCGCCAGCGCCAGCGCCAGCGCCAGCGCCAGUACAGCAGUAUCGAGGACCAAGAAUCCUCUCGGGAGAGGGCUCCAGACCAGAGGUACCGCGAAGUCGCCCAGUCACAAACUUCGAGUUACCCGUACCAGGAGCAGCAGCAGCGGAUGAUCCACGACUACAGUCCGCAACGCAGCAGCGUGCUGACCCCAAGCGAAGAGAUUCCUUCCUCGCAACGAGCCCGCCCCCAGAGACUUUAUCCACGACAGGACAGAAGGGCUUUUGGGGACGAAGAGACAAGUUGGAGCCGCCAAAACGGGAUGGGAAGGAUGCAGGAAGGGAGGAAGAGGAACGAGGAGGAGAUGCUCAAGAGGGGACAACUGGUGGAACUCGACAGACAGGGCAGGAUGGUGGAGGCCAGCAGAAGGGACUUCGAGAGAAGAAGAGGCUUGGAGCAAAGGUUGUGGAGGGCCAAGGAGUGAACUUGGGACUUGGGAAAAAGUUGUUUGGGAAAUGGGCAUGAUUGUGUGAAGGAAUACGUUACCGUUGAUCCUGUUCAGUUUUGCACUGUAGUAAAUUGAC